AUGGACCCGAAACCUACAAAACCAACCGUAAAAUCGUCUCAUGAAGCAACAGCGUCUUCUGUUCGUCAAUCACGACAACGUAGGGCUACAAAUUACCUUCUCAUUUGGAUCGAUGCCAACAUCGAUCAAGCAGACAAGGACUGCCAGAAUACAUUGGCUCAUUUGAAGAACGUGGUCAACGAUGUCAACCUAUGCACGCAAUCGAAUCAGUGCAUCGAAGCACUCAACAAGGUUGACAAGGAACAAGUCUUUGUCAUAACAUCAGGCUCAUUAGGUCAACAUUUGGUUCCUGAAAUUCAUGGCAUGCCACAGUUAGAUGCUAUUUACAUCUUCUGUGGCAACAAAUCUAGAUAUGAAGGAUGGGCUCAAAGUUGGAAAAAAAUUAAAGGUGUCCAUACAAGUAUCAAAGAUAUUUGUCAUGCAUUACAAGUGGUGGUUAAACAAUGUGACCAGGACACAAUUGCCGUAAGUUUUCUUGCGGUAAAUGAAAUGGCUUCAGCUGAUAAUUUAAAUCAGUUGGAGCCAACUUUCAUGUAUACCCAACUGUUCAAGGAGAUUCUCCUUGAUAUCGAAUAUGAUCGCAAGGCAAUCAAGGACUUAGCAGUUUGUUGCCGUGACGUCUUUACCGGCAAUUCAAUUGAAUUACAAGUGAUUAAUGAAUUCGAACGUGACUAUGAUCCACAAAAAGCAAUCUGGUGGUAUACGCGUGAGUGUUUUACCUACAAAAUGCUCAAUCAAGCACUUCGACUUAUGGAUGCCGAUAUAAUCGUUAAUAUGGGCUUCUUCCUACGUGAUGUACAUCAACAAAUUCAACAGCUGCAUGAACAACAAGUCAGUAGUUAUGGAAGAAAACGUUUUAUAGUUUAUCGAGGACAAGGUCUUAUGAAAUCAGACUUUGACAAACUUCAAAAAGCAAAAGGUGGACUUAUGUCAUUUAACAAUUUCUUGUCCACCAGUAAAGAUAAAGAAGUGUCUCUCGACUUUGCUGGACGUGCUUCAACAGAACCAAAUAAGGUUGGCAUUCUUUUCAUAAUGUUCAUUGAUCCUUGUUUGAAAUCAACACCAUUUGCCUCCAUCAAAGAAGUGAGUUAUUUUAAAGAAGAAGAAGAAAUUCUCUUCUCCAUGCACACCGUCUUUCGAGUGAAUGCAAUUAAACAAAUGGGCAAUAAGAAUGAACUUUAUCAAGUUGAAUUACAAUUAACAUCGGAUGAUGAUCAACAACUACGAUCACUUACUGAUCGAAUACGAGAAGAAGCUGGUGGUAAUACUGGAUGGCAAAGAUUGGGUAACUUAUUGCUUAAAAUCGGUCAAUUUAAUAAAGCAGAAGAACUUUAUAAUGUAUUACUCGAACAGACAUCUAAAGAGGGUGAAAAAGCGCUUUAUUAUAAUCAGUUGGGAGUGGUUAAAGAUGCGCAGGGUGAUUAUGAAAAGGCUAAUUGGUAUUAUGAACAAGGACUUGAAAUUCAAGAAAAAACUCUUCCUUCAAAUCAUUCUCAUUUGGGUACUUCAUACAACAACAUCGGUGAGGCGUACAGACAAAUGGGAGAGUACUCGAAAGCACUUUCAUAUUACGAAAAAGCACUUGAAAUUGAUCAAAAAACUCUUCCGUCAAAUCAUCCUGAUUUGGCUACUUCAUACAAUAACAUAGGUUUGGUGUAUAACAACAUGGGAGAGUACUCGAAAGCACUUUCAUUUUACGAAAUGACACUUGAAAUUGAACAAAAAAUUCUUCCUGCGAAUCAUCCUUCAUUGGCUAUUUCAUACAACAACAUCGGUUUGGUGUAUGACUACAUGAGAGAGUACUCGAAAGCACUUUCAUAUUACGAAAAAGCACUUGAAAUUCUAGAAAAAACCCUCCCUUCAAAUCAUCCUUUAUUGGCUACUUCAUACAACAACAUCGGUGAUGUGUAUGAUAACAUGGGAAACUAUUCGAAAGCACUUUCAUAUUUUGAACGUGCUCUGGACAUCAAACAACGUGCAUUACCUCCAACUCAUCCUAGUAUUAAAAAUGUGAAAGAGAGUAUUGAAAUUGUGAAAAAGAAGUUAUGA